AUGCAUUCUGCCUAUCUGAUUACUUUGAUUGUUUCAAUGGUUGUUUUGACCAACUGUGAAGGUUUGUACAAGGACAAACUUUCAAAACAUGGAAUGAUGAAGGAAAAAAAAGACACUUGUCUACUGACCAGAAGCCCGCUUGGAUGUGCUUGUAGUACCUGUAAAGAUGUCGUGAGCUUUACCAGAAUGCUCAUUUUAAAUCACGUGCCAGAAGAAGAAGAAGUAUUAGAUAAAGUCUGCCGUCGUAUCUUCGGAGAUGAUAAGCGUCGCGAAUCGUUUUGCGAAGAUAUUGUCAAGUCCGAGCUACCAGAGAUCAUCAAAUACGUCAAAUCACAUGUCGAACCGAAGCAAGUGUGCGCCAAAUUCUGCUGA